CAUCCUGUUUCACCAUGAGCAACGACGACUCAUGCCUUGUUCUCCACGGCAAUCGACUCCGCUUAGUCGAAUUACAUACAGAGGACACCACUCUCGAAGUCCUCAGCUCUAAACUUCAACAUCUACGGCCGUGCCGACUCGGGCCUGGCCGUGGCUCGUUGCAGUCUCAUGCUUGUAGACCGCAUAAUUCACGUCCGCGGGGAAAAGCGAGAUUAGUAAGGCAGCACCGGAAGAAGCACAACCGCUGGAUGCUGCUAACCUCCUGGCUGUUAAAGAAGGGUGCCACCAAGGCAGCUGGCAGUAAGUUGUCCUCUGUAGUUGCUGAUGAAGAUCAGCUCCACGAACAGGGUAGAGAGCAUGCUGAAGCCAUUCAAGAACGAGCAACAAAGCGCGGCAACCAACAGGCUGCUGCUGCUGCUGCUGCUGCUGCUGCUGCUGCUGCUGCUGCUGCUGCUGCUGCGGGGAAGGGGAAGCGCAAGGGGGCGGACGCAGCUCUCUCUGACCCUCUAGCAUUGGCUUACGAUGGUGGACGAGAAGCGGGGCUACCUCAGAGGCUUCACGCGAGGGACAGACCAGGCAGCAGCUAAGGAGGCGGCGGUCAACGCGGCGAACACUCGCGCGCUCCGUGCCACGCUCCAAGCGCUGAAGCGGCACAGCAACAGCUCGACAGGGUGGACCGCGUACACGACAGCGCUCGCCACAGCAGCGGGAGGGGAGGGAGCACACGUGGCCUGACCCCAACCUGUGCCACCCUGGCAACCGGUACAAGCCCGCUGAGCCUGGUGGAGUGAGCUUUGCCGAGCGAGCCAAGAGUCUCGGCAUUCGGUACGAGACUUUCAGCGACGCACGUGUGCGGAUGCACAACACGAACCACGACAUCGCCCCCAGGGACGCUGUGAGUGACGGGUGCUACGUGUAUAACGAGCGCAAGACACGGAGUGACGUGACGAAUCCCGAGGUAAUGGCUCUCGCCAAGGCUUUUUGGCACUCCGACGACGUUUCCCGUGCAACAGGAAAUUCAGGCAAGGACAUGUACAAGGAGUCUAACAAGAGAGACGCACCCUCUCACCCUCGGAGACAGCUCAUGCACAAGGGAGACAGAGUGUGGAGGAUGUUCCUCGAGAGCCGGCGGUACCUGGCACUCAAGGGAAGACUACUUGAGCAGGACAGCAGCUUCACCGACCCUGGCAGGACGACGUUUCUGUCGACGCGGUGUGGUUGGUUAGUGGAGCCAAUAGUGUCGCAAUAUGCGUGCGAGACCCACACGCAGCAGGUGUUGUAUCUCGAGUCCCUUUCCUUCUUGAUGGGGUCGAUACACCAAAACUGCGACUGCAAGUGUGACUGGUGUGACGGGCUUGGUUGUAAGAAGUGGUCUGUCAUGUGCCGGGACCUGAGCAAGUUUUCUGACGCUUCCGCAUGCGAGAAGGUUUACCUGCUGGAGGGGGAUUCCGACGGAGGGUGCGGAAACCGGCAUGCGCUUCGAAUAUGUGCUCAGAGUGCGGGUUCGGAAAGCCUGGAGGUAUUCCGACCAACUGCACCGCUCUGGCGAAACACAAAGAGCGAGUAGUGGCUUGGAUCCGCUUCGAAGACCAGGUCAUGCCUGACGGCAAGGUGCACAAGAAGCAGCAGCUACCGCAGACGGGGAAGCUCGAAGACCUGUGGGACGAGUUCAUGGCACACUCGGUGAAGCACAUGGAGCACCACGCCUUAACCAAGUGGCAGCGCCAGAUCCACAACAUGUGCAUGGCUACACUUCGCCCGAGGGCGAGCUGUUGAUCGAAACCGACUUCAUCGAGAAGUACAGGCACGAAGCGCGCGUGGUGCUGACAUGUGCUACAGCACCAACAACGACCAUGAUGGUGGCCCUUGUACAUCACAGCCCCGACGACCGUGGGGAGCACGAGACGGACGCUUGGAUUUUUUUGUCCAGCGAUCCGAACCAUGACUUCGACUUCCAUCACGCAGCGAUGGAGGUCGUUGUUGCGCACUACACGACGGGACCGAAGUCUGCGGCCACCGCUGGGAGUGCGGCCCCACGAGUGCACAUGUUUACGGACGGGUGCGGCAAGCAGUACAAGGGGAAGCGGAACUUUCGAGCGGUGGCACAGAGCCUCAACAGGCUUGGUGCUUGGUGUCCGCAUUUUGCACAACUUCGCCGUCACUUCUCACUUCAAGGGCACUCAUGAUGGCACCGGGGCGCACAUGAAGGGCCUACUUCGGAACGCGGAGAUGUAUGGCACGCGUAUCCCCGACGUCGACGUCGCGCACGAGUUUCUGCUAGGCUACGCCGCGGAGACGGACAAGGCGCGUGAAGGCCACUUCACAACCUGGUCCCCUUACCGGAUCAGGAGCUUCGAAGUCAGGAAGUUUGGCCCCAAGGAAAUUCCUCGCCCACCGAUAGAUCUGACGGGGAUCCCUGGAAGUUCCAAGCUGUACUUUUUCACGGGAACAGAGGACGAGCAGGAGGACGUGCAGGAUACCUUUAGUCUUGUGUGGGCUACUAGUGUGGGGGUGCAGACAGACGAUUUUGUGGUGGGAGCGGCCGGAGACAAGGUGUUGACGGCUAGGAAGUGGGUGGUAGACGAGUCCAGGGCAAGGAAAUGGGCCGCCCCCAAGAAGUUCACCAGAUCUUGGAAGUUGCGGGUUCGGGGCGCAUCGUGCUACUGCUCAACUUGCCGAGUAGGCUGCUACGAUGAUUGCAUGGUAGCGAAGGUGUACCCCGACUUGGUUGGCAAGUUGAUGGAGAAGUCGGGAAAGGAGAAGGUUGGGAGACGCACGCUUGGGACUCAAUGACCGGCGAUAUCGUUCCGGUGAUAUCAUCGGACGAGUCUCCAGUGGCGCGUACUCCCAACCCCAUGCCUAGUCCGACGCUUGACGAGAGCAUGGGGGAGAAGGGAGAUGGGGAGGAGGAUAUGGAGGAGGAGAGGGAUUAGGAAGAGGAAGAGG